UAGAUAUGGAUACAAUGAUUAGUGAGAUACUUGAGAGUGAACUUGUGGAUUCUACAAUUUAUCUUCAGGUUCUAGAUUCAGGAUUUGCCUGCAGAGCUGAAAACCCGUACCUUUAUAGGAAACUUUUUGAAAAGAUUCUAAAUCGCUGGGCUUAUCCACUGGUUCCAGAAAGAAGAAACCGGUCUACCCAAGGAGACCAGAUUUGUGUACAAACAAAGAGUGUUUACAAGAGCUCAGGGGCAACUGUAUCCAGGGGCACUCUGCUAGGGAAGGAUACUUUUAUAGGGAACAGGGUUGUAUUAGAGGAGUGUAUAAAGAUACAUGGUUCAGAUCUUGAAGAGGGUGUCAGGGUCUCCAAAAACUCAACAAUAUCAGAUUCUGUUCUGAUGAAGAACUGCAAGGUUGGAGAGAACUGCGUUCUUGUAAACUGUUUAGUUGGAGAAAAUGUUAUAAUACCUGCCAACUGCUCAAUAGCUGAGAAGGUCAUCUUGGGACACGGAGUAGAACUAGACCUAGGAGCCAGUAUACCUUCAGGGGUCAGGCUAUCCGCUGAGAAGAGAUCAGAUGGUUUCUCUGAUGAUGAGACAGAAGGAGAUGAGGAGAAGGGAGAAUAUGGUCCUAAAGCACAUGUUUACACAGAUGAAGAGGAGGAGGAGGAAGAGGAUAAUGAUGAAGAGGAGAACUGCGUUGAGGAUAAGUGGGGCCGUAUUUAUGAGUCUAGCAGUGAGAGUGAUAAUGAUGAGGAUGAUGAGGAUGGUGACGGGGAUUGGGAUGACGAUGAUGAUGAAGAACUUGAGGAGGAGCAGGAUGGUAUUGCUGAACAUCAUGAUGUCAAAAACUUCAGGAGGGAGGUAAGAGAGAGUUUGCUGCGAGGAAGCAAGGAAGGAGUUAUCACUGAUAACUUGGUUCUGGAGAUUAACAGCUCAAAGCAUGCUUGGAAUACGACUUUGUGCGAGGUAAACCAAUGUGUACUGGAGUGUGUGCUGACCCUUGAGCUAGAUAUUGACCUACCACCUGCCAAACUACUACAAGCUGUCAAGGUGAACAUCAAUAAAUUCAAGCAGCUACUUCUCAAGUAUUCGAAAUCAAAGUCAGGGCAGGAUUACUAUCUGACCGGUGUGGAGGAUAUUUUGGUUCGAUUUCCAAAUCUAAUUGAGAUUAUUGCAAAGGUUCUCCAUCUGCUGUAUGAGUUGGAUAUACUUGGUGAAGAUAGUAUUCUAGCCUGGUCUAACAAUCUUCAGAAUACCAACCUAAAGAAGAAAAUUCAACCUUUCCUGGAGUGGUUAGAGGAAGACGACAGUUCAGACGAAGAAUCGGAUUAGCUUGUUUAGAUUAAAUGAAGAAUUGGAUUAACUUGUUUAGAUCAAACAAAGAACUUAUUUAUAUUAAGUGAAAAUCGGAUUGACUUUUUAGGUUAAAUGAAGAAUCGGAUUAA